AUGGUGUCAAAUCUUCUCCUUACUCGCCUCUUCAUGGCCUUUUUUCAGGUACAGAAGGGAAUCGCUCGAUCCCCCGUCAAGAACGAAGCUGGAGAAGCCCUUGUGAAGUUCCUGGCCCCGAAUCCUUCCCAGCGUACGAUCCCAGGACUGUCCGAAGCGAAAGCCCCUACCUACACCCGGAUGGGUGUUUAUCGAAAGAAGAGUGAGGCCAGCCCGCCCAAGACCGUAUCUAGCGAACGCGUGAUGAAGGCCACUUGGGAAGACAUGGAGCAGUUCCGGUUGAAGCCUGGACAGCGGGAUUAUUGUGCGCAUCACUUGAUUGACCUGAUGAAGUGUCAGACGAAGAACGCGCCGUUUGCUGGCCACGCUUGCGACGACCAGCGCGGCGCCUGGGACAAGUGUGAAUACGAGGACCAUUUGAUGCGAAUCAAGGAGUAUGAGCGAGAACGGCGUCUUCUUCACAGGAAGCAGCGCAAGGAACACGCC